AUGAAUAAAUUUUCACAAACCUUUAGAUAGCAACAUUUAGAAACUUUGUAUCAAAAAGAAAAAGAAUAAUAUUGCUAUGAUACCUUUAAGAAAAUAGCCUUCUUAUCAUUUGUAAUAACACUAAUACGAUUAGUAAGUUUUGCUCAUCAAGAAAAUGUUGUGGGCAUAUUAAUCACAUCAGCAAUCUUAUCAAUGAUAAUACUUAUGUCCAUUUUAAUAUUUAAAUUCUGUUCAUCUGGUACCAUAUUUUGUAUGGUAUUCAUCAAUAAUUUACUGGUUUUACUCUAAUUACAUGGUUAUGAAGGUACUAAUUAAUUUAUUCUUGGUACUAAUUUGUCCAUUGCACACACAACAAUACUUCUAAUUAUUGAUUAUAAAUUGGCUGUAAUCAAUACUUUUUUUUUAACUACAUUUAAAUUACUAAUAGCAGGACUUUUUGAUGGUUAAACAGACAGCUGUUCCAUAAUAUUAUCUAUUAUAUGUCCACUUUGUUUUGUUUCUGUAGUAUACAAUAUAGAAAAAUAAAGAAGACUGCUAUUUUUAAGUAAUAAUCAAGGAAACGAUUGGUGUAUUAUUAAUAUUCUGAUAUCUAUAUAGAUUAAUUAUUACCUUCAGUAAUCAGUGAUCCAUUUGUUCUAUUUUCAUUUGAUCCCAAUAGAAUGUCCUUUAAAUAUAAGAAUUCGAGUAAAAUAGAUAGAUUUCCUUAUUGCAAUCAAGAAUUCUCUUAAGAAGAUAAUUUUAGAUAAUUUUUUAGACUCCAACAUAUUUCAGGUGUAACUAUUGAAUAAUUCAUACUGAAACGAAUUGAAAAAUAAUCCUAGUUUUUUUAUUUAAAUUAAUUUACACUAAAGCCAAAUUAAUUUGAUUCUGUUGAUUUUGAGGAAACUAAUAUUCUCCUUGCAGAAUUAUAUCAUUUGGAUGACAAUUUCUUAAUUGUAUUAGAGCAAUCUAAAUAGAGAGCAUAAUAUUUAUAAUCUACUAAAGAUAAUCUAAUAAAUUUGAUUAGCUAACAUUAAUAAUUAGUUUACAACUUCUUAAAAAAGCAAGCAACAUUAAUUAAUCUUAGUUUAUAGAAUGAAACAAGUAGAAUUUAAUUACUCUAUUAAUUAAAACUUCAUCAUUUGUAUUUUUAAGGAAAAUAUAAAAUAUCAAAUUCAUUUUCAUAAAACAACAAAUAAUUAUAAACAGUUUGUAUUGAUUUUAAAUAAUUGUUUAUAGCCAUAAUUUCAUUAUUUUAAAAAGCUUAUAUUGAUAUUAAUCUUUAAUUUGAUUUCACUGAUAAUAAAUUUGAUGCAAUUCAGUAUAAAGAUAUGCCUUAAGAUUUUAUUAUUUAAUUAUUGCAAGUCAUUUUAAGAAAAACAACAACAGACUAAAAAUUUAAAACAAGAAUUAUUUUACAUUCUAAAUUUGAAAUUUUAUUUAUUCAAAUAAUAUGUCUAAAUUCAUUUAUUUUGGUGGAAAAUUUAAAUAAAAACCUUGUUAUAAAAUUGUAUUUAAAAUUACAUUCUCCUGAAAGUGAAGUAAGAGUAAAUGAGAAUGGAAUAAAUAUUUAAUUGUAUAAAGAUGUUUCAUAAUUAAAAUCAUUAAAUAAAUUUUAAGAUGAUUGA